AUGGCGCACGCCACACUGCCCUUUCACCUCGACGCCAACAACCACACGAGCGCAAAGACCCCCACAUCGUUCCUCCAAAACGUUAUCCUCGAAGUCACAGAGCUGACCACUCUUUCACAUCUGGAGUAUAGUGCCAGCGCCCAGAACGCUUAG